CAGAAAAGCAAAAAACCAAUGGUUCUAUUAUGUAGACCAAGCGAAGAGAUGCAAAUUAGUAUUCAGGUUUCCUUCCGUCUUUAAACAACAUUUUCGAAAUACAAUAAGAAAUUUUCCCCAAAAACAAAAAAGAAAAGAAAAACGAAAAUUAUUUGUUUUGAAACAGGUAUAGAAAUGAGUCUUAAUUUACAAAUCGAGAAAUUACGUGGUCUGGACAAUUACAAGCCUUGGUCUAUGACGGUGCGAGCUUAUCUGGAAUCGGAGGAUUUAUGGACUGUCGUUGAACAUGGUCCAGAUUCAUCAGAACAGAGUUUGAUUAAGGAUAGACGUGCCAAAUUCAUAAUAUUAUGUUUAAUUGAACAGAAAUUAUGUCAAUGUAUGGUCAGCAUACGUUCAGCUCGCGAUUUAUGGUCUUAUUUAAAACAACAGCAUUCAAUGCGUUAAAUAUCGUUGGAUUUCUUUUCUUAAAGUUAUUAAUUCAAUAAUAUAAUAUAUAAAUGUAUAUAUAUAUAUUAAAAUCAUUUAUCAUUAUAAAGUCUUGCACUCAAAAAUAUUAAAAUAAAAU